AAACCUCGCGACUGUGGGUGCUGUUGCGCCUCUGGGCGGGGCGAGAGGGCGCCUCAGUCGUGUACCGGAUCCCACCAGGGAAGCGUCCAGCUCCUCGAACGUUUCGGAGUUGUUCGUUCGCUCGGAUCUCUCUCUUUUCUCUCCAUCAAUCUUUCGAAAAACGCUCCUUGCGAUUUUUAGAGGCUGUGUUUAACUAUAACUAAGAGUUUUAGCGGUGCGGAUCAACUAGUGAUCAGUUCAACGUAACGCUGUUUAUAUCUUAUCGGAAGAUCCAGGAACAAAUCUACAUGAAAAUAUUCCUUCGUUCAAAGUAAUCGGCGUUUCGUUUACUCUUGGCUUAUCCGGUUCGCGUUUAUUGCGUUUAUUUGUUCGGUUCUUGCUAGUUAUAUCGAUUCGAGAAGUGAUACGGGCGUAUAUAUAUAGAGAUACACGCACAUUUCAGUGAAAUAAGUGAGAAAUAAUAAGUUAGGAAGAGGUGCAUAAAAAGAGUUUCUGAAAUCUACGGGGAAGAGACGUUUAUGUGCGCGCCCGGAGACACAGAGAGCUACCCUGGCAUCUAGCGGACGACGCGGGGUGGUUUCACCAAACUAGUGCUUGCGAGAAGAUUAAAUUCGUUCUAGGGUGGCGGGCUUCGUCACCAAGAAGCGGCGAGUGUCGCGGAGCAAUAGCUAGUGAGAAGAAAAGAAACGAUAACGAAGAAGACAAAGACGACGCUGUCGAAGAGUAAGUGUCAAAGGGUGGCGGCGAAGGUGAUACGUAGAAGGUGGCGGCGGAGGAGGGUGGUGGUGAUCGUGGAAAAGACGACUCCUGCGACGUGAGUCGCGAAUCGUGGUUGGUGGUGGUAGUGACCACGAAAAGAAUAGAGUAACGGUUUUCUGACCGACGAGGGAAAGAAUAGAGGCUUGGUGGUGGCGUUUGUGAAAGCAACCUGUGGCAAGAUGGGCUGCGCCAUGUCCGCGGAAGAGCGGGCCGCACUGGCCCGUAGCAAGCAGAUCGAGAAAAAUCUAAAGGAGGAUGGUAUUCAAGCUGCCAAGGACAUUAAGUUGUUAUUACUUGGUGCCGGCGAAUCUGGAAAAAGUACUAUCGUUAAACAAAUGAAAAUUAUUCAUGAAAGCGGAUUUACACCUGAGGACUUUAAGCAGUAUAGGCCCGUAGUGUAUAGCAACACGAUACAAUCUUUAGUCGCUAUUCUCAGAGCGAUGCCAAAUUUGGAUAUCAACUUUUCGACCAAUGAGCGAGAGCCGGACGCAAAAAUGGUGUUUGAUGUAAUCCAAAGAAUGGAAGAUACGGAGCCAUUUAGUGAGGAACUUUUGGCUGCAAUGAAUAGACUCUGGGCUGAUAGCGGGGUCCAACAAUGUUUUGGCAGGAGCAAUGAGUAUCAACUCAAUGAUUCGGCAAAAUAUUUUCUGGAUGAUUUAGACCGAUUAGGAGCAAGGGAUUAUCAACCUACGGAGCAAGAUAUUUUAAGAACUCGUGUCAAAACAACGGGCAUAGUGGAAGUCCACUUUUCCUUCAAGAAUCUUAAUUUCAAAUUAUUUGAUGUAGGCGGUCAAAGAAGUGAACGUAAAAAAUGGAUCCAUUGCUUUGAAGAUGUCACUGCGAUCAUAUUUUGUGUCGCGAUGUCUGAAUACGACCAAGUUUUACAUGAAGAUGAAACGACGAAUCGAAUGCAAGAAAGUUUGAAACUAUUCGACUCAAUUUGUAAUAACAAAUGGUUCACUGAUACCUCAAUUAUUCUAUUCCUGAAUAAGAAGGAUCUUUUUGAAGAGAAAAUUCGCAAAUCUCCACUCACCAUUUGUUUCCCCGAAUAUGCCGGGGCGCAAGAAUAUGGUGAAGCAGCUGCGUACAUUCAAGCGCAAUUCGAGGCGAGGAAUAAAUCAACCACUAAGGAGAUCUACUGCCACAUGACUUGCGCUACUGAUACAACUAACAUUCAAUUCGUGUUCGACGCAGUCACAGAUGUCAUUAUCGCCAAUAAUCUUCGUGGCUGCGGUCUCUAUUAGAAUAAAUAUUCCCGUCGCGGAGCCGAUCGACCGACACAUAUACACACAUGGUUGAACUCACACUCAUACCCGUAUACAGAACACAUGUUGUAUUGCAAGAACGAGAGAGCGCGUGAGAAUGAAAGACUACGAUAAUGUCAGCUACUGAGAGAAAGAUUGAGUGACAGAGCGGGAGAAAAUGGCAGAAAAAACGGGAGAAAAAGAGAUACACCUAUGUACCAUCGCUACCGACCACCUGCGGAUACCUUCUCAAUUUUUAUUACAACAAACACCCUUUUAUGCCAAUUCUUUCAACGUUUUUCUUUAUCGUACUAAGCGAUUCGAUGCCGAUUCCAAUAUUAAUAUAUAAUAUGCUAUUUAUAAGUUGAUAUAAAGAGAAAGCUAAGAAUUUUUUUUGAAGAUUUAGCUGUGGAAAGCUACUAGUACAAUAAUAUUUCUUUAAAAAAGUGAUAUUGUUUUGUGACAUACAAAACUGAAUGUGUUUGUGAGAGAGAAUUUGAAAUAUGAGCAGAAAUGAGAAAAAUGAUAUUUCUUUAUUACAAAAAUUUAUUUUACAGAUUGGAUUUUGUAUUUUAAAAAAAAUAAAAUUUUGCAUAAAUUUUUGAGGUGAUUUUAACUUUAUAUAAUAAAUAUUAAUUGAAAUUAUUGAUUAUUAAAUUUAUUAUCAUAAAAUUUGUAUUUUUUAUAAUUUAACUUUUUUUGAUAAUUUAUUUAAAUUUAACAUUUGCAUUAAAUUCAAUUUUUAAGUUAAUUUAAUUGAUUUUUUUCUUUGAUUAAAAUUUCAUUAAAUAUACAUAACACAUUAAUUAAACUUAAAUAAAUCUUAAUAAAUCAAUAAAGUAAAAAAAAAAUAAAAAUAAUAAAAAGUACUUAUUAAUUAUGUAAUAUUAGUUGUAAAAUCAAAAAGUCAAGAAAGUUUAUAAUUUAUUUAUAAUUCGAAAUCAAAUUUCAUUUAUUUAUUAUUUUAUUUUUAAGUACAACAUCCAAUAUUAAAAUGAAUUUUUGAACAAAUAAACAUAUUAUUUAUAUAUUUCAAUCAAAGUUUGAUUAUAAAGAAUUGAUUAUAAAGGAUUUAAUAUUAUCUUUAUACAUUCAUUUUUUUUUUACAUCGAUAUAUAUUAUCAGUUUUGACAUUAUAUAUUAAACAAAAUCAAUUUGAUCUGAAAUCUGAAAAUCAAUUUAUAUAUACAAAAAUGUUAAUAAGUAAUUGAUUAUGAUCAAAAAAUUAAUUUAUUAAAAAAUUAUAAAACUAAGAAAAAUUAAUUUUCUUAUCAAAUAUCAUUAAUAUUUAAAAUUAGAUAUAUUUAUAAACAAUUAAUUUUAUUAUUAUAGAAUUAUUAUUAUUAUUAUUUAUUUGGUUAGAAAAAUUGAGUUAAAGAUAAUAAUUUAAUUCUCUGAAAUUAAUAAUAAGGAAAAUGUUGAAAGAGAGCACAAUAAAUAAUCCAAAAUUUUUAUAAAUUUCACGAUAAAUCGCACAAAAAUUAAUUAUAAAGCAUAUUUGGAUCUCAGAAUUCUUCAUCUGCUUUUUUUGUAAAUUAGGAAGAGGAUUUAUCAUAAUAUUAAAUAUAUUGUAAUAUCUUAUAUUCUGAUUACAGAUCAAUAUAGAGUCUGUCCGUAUGAAUAAGAUAAUAGUUAUAUUUAUUAUAAUUUCUAAAAAAAUUAGUAAAGAUAGCGAUGACUAGCUUGCAAUGAAAAAUUUUCAAACCAAAAUAUAAGAUAUUACAGUAGUUAGUUUUUUAUUCAGGUAGGAAAUUUAAUUAAACGAAAUGUUGUUUAACAUAUUAUUUGAAUUAUUAUUGACUGUUUCAUAAAAUUAUUUAAUGUUUACAAAAUAUUCAAAAUAAAUAUGUUUUUUUUUAAUAAUUUAAGGAUUAAAUAACUAAAAGAUUUUAAAAUGAAAAUAAGUUUUAAAACAAUUUUUAGUAAUAAACUUCAUAAUUUUCUACCUGGAAACAAUGAUUUACAAUAUAAUAUGCAAUUUUUUUUACGUGUAAUAUAAUAUUAUUUAAAUAUUUUAAGUAAAUAUGUAUAUUAUUUUAUUGUAUUAAUCGCGCACAACAAAUCAAGAAAAAAAUUAUAUUUUUAUCUCUUACUAUAUUUACUUAACUAUAUUUUUGUGUAAAUUUAUAUAUUUGUGAACACUUUUUAAUAUCAAUAUUAUACAGUUCAUAAUUUUAAUCAAUUCUGGGAUAGAAAAUUAAAUCAGAUGCGUGAAAAAAUUAAAUCAGAUGCGUAUAAAAAUAUAAAAAUAAUAUAAAUCGAAAUAUGAUAAAGUUAAACUAUAAUCUCAAUAUAUAAGAUCAACAUAGUAAAAAGAAGCACAUAAAAAAAAGCAAAACAUCAUAUGCAGAAAUCUUAAAAUUCGAUUUCCAAAAACGUUAAAUACUUUCUAAAUUAUUUUGAUUUGAACUAAAAUGAGAAAAAUAAAAACAGAUAAUAUAUAUGCAUAAAAAUAUACAUAAGAAUAAAUUAUCUUUCAUAUAGAAGAUUGAAAUCAAAUCUUCUAUAUUUCAUUUCGUUUCAUUAUUAUGCAUAUUCAUAGAAUUCUACGCACACGAUCGCACAAUUGCAUGCAAUUACACAACAUACACAUAUUACACAAAUGAUAUAGAACAUUCGCAAGAUAUUUACAUUUAUACAUUGUGAGAAGUGAAAAACUUUUAAACAAAUUGAGAUCCUUGAAUUUCUGAUUUUUUCGAACAAUUUAAUUUACAUGCAUUAUAAUUAUAUUUCUUAAUUAAGUUAGAUAUAUUUAAUUAAUUUUAUUUAUUCGAUAAAAUUUCUAAUUUUCUAAAUUCUAAUUUUGAAAUCUAAGCUUUAUUUUCAUGCUUCUUUUUUCAUCGAGAAAAUUCUUAUGGGCUCUAAAAUGGAUAUCGUGCCGAUAGAAAUAUUCCAUGUACAAUCAAAUACAGUUUUCUAUUUCCUAUUUCUCCUUUUUUAAUAUUUAAUCAAUACAUAUUAUGCUAAUAUUCUUUACUAUAUAAUAUUUUUAUUCAGAUAUAUAUUUUUUUUAAUAUUCACUUCAUUUUCUGGAAUUGCAAUUGCGAUUAAAACGUAUGAAUAAAGAGACAUAAAUUUUCUUAGAAAAGUUUACUAAAGAUAAAUAUCACUUGACACUUUUAUAUUGUAAAAUAUAAUUCUGAACAAAUAUUUUAUAUUUAAAAUUUUAUAAAUAUUUAUCAUGAGUUAUUGAAAAUUAAAAAUUUUUUCUUAAUUCCAAUUGCAAUUCGACAUUGAAAAGUAUUUGACCAAAAAAAACCAAAGAAUUGAAUAGAUCUAUUCAAUAAUUAUAGAUAUAUAUAUAAAAGAAAGAGAAAAAGGAAGAGAGAAAAAAUAUUUUGGAAUGCUACUUAAUCUAAAUUAUGUAUAUGUACAAAAGUUAUUUUUGCACAUAUUAAGAAUUUUUUUAAAGAAAAUUAACAAAUUUUACUAUUAUUCUUUAAAUUACAAAAAAAAAACAAAGAAUAUUUUCUUUGUUUCAAUUUUGAUUUUAAUUUUUUUUCUCUUUUUGUGAUUUUAUAUAUCAAUUUCAUGAAUUAUUUUUAUAUUGUUAAUUGGAUCUAAAAGAUAAAAACAAAAAAAAAAAUAGUAUUACUUUCACCGCCGUUGCCAUAUUAUUGUAAAAAUUAAUAUAUAAAUUUUAAGAAUAUCGAUUGUAAUUAAUUAAGUAUUUCUAUAUGUAAUAAUCAUAAUUAUGUAUAAAUUAGUACGUACAUAGAACUUCUAGUCAAAUAGAGAACGUACUAGUAAAAUAUAAAACGGAGAAGCGAUUAUUUCAUUUUUUUUGUAGUAAAAAUUUUUAUUAUUCAUAACGAUUAACUUUAAUUUGAUUUAAUAUCUGCAAUGAAUAGUAAAUUGAUAAAAAUAUUAACUUUUAUAUUUACACCAUAUUAUGUCAUAUUUGUUAAUUAAGUUAAAAAAAAAGUUAUUAAAAAAUUUUAUAAAUGAAUUUGAACGAAUUUUAGCAACAAAAAUAAAGCAACAAGUGAAAGAAAAAAAUUAUAUAAGAUUAUAAAUAGAUUGAAAUCAAGAUAAUUGUAAUACGUAACGAAUGUGCAAUUUCGAAUCAAGAAAUAAUUAUAAUUGCAAUAAAUGCAAUUACAGAAUAGAAUAAAUACAAUUAAAUUAUAUAUAGUAGUGAUUGUCUUGAGAUUAUUUUUUUUUAUGGUUUUUCUUCAAUAAAGUUUAUCAAUAAUAGUCCAUACCAUUAAUAAAAUUUCCCAAUAUUUUUUUAAGGUUGCUUCUCAAUUUUUGAAAAUAAAAAAAGCCAUUUUCAGGAAUAAAGUUUUAUUUUCAUUGAUUAUUUAUAUUCAUUGAUUUAUUUUAUGUCCUUUUUUAAAUAAUUUGAAAUUUCUAGUUUUCAUUUGCUUUUUUUUAUACUUAUUUAAAUUAUUUGUUUUUUUUAUUUCAUUCUAUUUUCUGUUUUUUAAUUAGUAUGAAAUUCAGGGAUUUUUAAGAAAAAAAGAUAAUAUAUAUGUUAUCUUUAGAUUUCUCAUGCCACAAAAUAUAAAUUGUCAUUUUACAACAGACUCAAAUACUGCUUUGUAUAAAACAUUUUUAUUCGGCUAUUAGAUUAUGGUAAUUUUUCAAUCUGCAAUUUUUAACUUAUUUGGUCGCCUAAUUUAAUUAAAUAUUGAAAUGUUUUACACAUUUUGAAUUUAUGGUUUAAAAAACAUAUUGCGGAUUGAGAGAUCAUCGCUUCUAAUUAUUGAAAAAUAAUUGUUCAUUUGUAAAUUCUAAUGAAAACUAGAAAAAAAGAAAAAUACAAAAAAAAUAUAUGAAAAAAAUCUAUUGAUAUAUAAGUACGAAUUGCAAAAAGAUUACAAAAUCACGAAAAAAGAAACAAAAAACAAUAAUAAUAAUUGCAAAAUAAAGAAAAUGUUCCGAAUAUAAAAAGUUUAAAACAAACGAAAAUAAUAUUUUUCAGGAAGAUGAAGUAAAAUUCUUAUUAUGAAGAAUAUUAAAUAUGAACAAACGAUGUAUGCGAAAGUGUUUGUGUGAGAAAGAAUAUGUGUGUGUGUAUGUGUAUGACAGAAAAAAAAAGAAUGAAGAAAGAAAGAAAAAGAAAAAUAGAAAAUAAUGAAAAAAUAAAAAAGUAAAAAAUAAAAAAUGAUGAAAUAAACAUUCGAAUAUCAAAAUGAAAAAUGAAAUAUAAUAUAAUAUAUGCAAAUAAUCUUAUGAUUGCUAAAAUUGAUAAAUAUCGAUUUUUAAAAAUGAAGAUAAAAUAUAAUUGAAAUGAAGAAAAAAAAAUAAAAUACAUAAUUGACAAUUUUAGCGUACGUCAAAAUGAACUAUAAUUCGAUAUUUGAAUGUGGCGCCGAAUUAAUAUUCUUGGGUAAAAGUAGGUGGCCGCAUGGUGGCGAUAGACUGGUGGGUGGAACAAAUACGGGAGUAACUAACACUAGUGUUAUUAUCGUAAUUGUAAUGACUAAUGGUAAUGAUUAUAAUCUUAUCGAUAAACGCUACAUGGUAAUAAGAGACGUGGAUGAAAGAAAAACAUAAAAAAAAUAAAAAAACAUAAAAAAAACCAUUGUGGAAGGAAAUAUCAUUCACGAUCGUAAAAUGAUUAUAAAAUAACGCGCCCAAAAAAUUUCAUAAAAUGAUUCGUAAACUCGACGAAUCAAUACAUUUCUUUCUUACUUUUAUCAUUUCAUUCUUUUAUUGUGAAGAAGAAAUAGAGAGAGGAUGAAGGAAAAGGAAUGAGUAACGAAAAGUAAAUUAUAUUGCAACAAUGGAGUUUUUGGAAAUAAGAAAAGAAAAGUUGGAAAAUGAAGAUACUCUCUCAUUAUACAUAUAUAAAUAUAUAUAAUUAUUAUGUAAUAAUUGUCCAUACAUCUUGAAAUGUCGAAAUAAACGAACAAAGAAA